CUGGGGGGCGGGCGCGCCCCCUGCGGGCGGGGAGAGGGGACGACCGAGAGUGCGCGCCCGGAGCCCCAGGACCUGUCAACGCUCCGCCCCGCGCACGCCAACACCCGGAGCGGGGGCCGCCUCCUGCUAAGAGCUGCGGGCUGAGAAUCCCCGGGAGUGCAGUCCUGGUGAGGUCUCAGCAAAGGGCAGGACUCAGGCGAAAUGGCCCUGGUUCCCUAUGAAGAGCCCACGGGGAUAGGGCUCCAGAGGUUCCACAAGCCUCUUGCGACCUUCUCCUUUGCAAACCACACGAUCCAGAUUUGCCAGGACUGGAGGCAGCUGGGGGUCGCGGCAGUGGUGUGGGAUGCGGCCAUCGUUCUUGCCACAUAUCUGGAGAUGGACGCUGUGGAGCUCAGGGGCUGCUCUGCUGUGGAGCUGGGAGCCGGCUCGGGGCUGGUGGGCAUAGUGGCUGCCCUGCUGGGUGCUCAUGUGACUAUCACGGAUCGACAGGUAGUACUAGAAUUUCUGAAAUCAAAUGUUCGAGCCAACUUACCUCCCCACAUCCAACCCAAGGUUGUUGUUAAGGAGCUGACGUGGGGACAGAAUUUGGGGAGUUUUCCACCCGGAGAAUUUGACUUGAUUCUUGGAGCUGAUAUCAUAUAUUUAGAAGAAACAUUCACAGACCUUCUUCAAACACUGGAACACCUCUGCAGCGACCACUCUGUGAUUCUUUUAGCUUGCCGAAUUCGCUAUGAACGUGACACCAACUUCUUAGCCAUGCUGGAGAGGCGGUUCACUGUGGGUAAGGUUCACUAUGAUCCCGAGAAAGACGUGCACAUCUACAAAGCACGGAGGACAAGCCAGAGAGAGGACUUAUAGGUGGUUGUACACUGGCCGUGUCUUAGACUGAAAUUCUAACCGUAUUUAAUGAAAUGACUUACUGCAUAAGUCUGUCUGAUCAAAACUUCUCAAGGGACAAAGCCUGUGUGCAUGCAGUUUUUUGUUUUUGUUUUGGAAAUCCUGGGAUUUGAAGUCAGGGCCUUGUGCUUACCUGUUAGGUGCUCUACCACUUGAGCCAUGCCCCCAGUUCCCUUUUAUGUUUCAUUUUUCAAAUAGGGUCUUCUGUUUAUGCCCCAGGCUGGUGUGAACCCUCACUGUCCUAUUUAUUGUCCCACAUAGCUUGGGAAGAUAGGCAUGAACCACCACACUUAGCUAUUGUUUGAGAUGGGGGUCUUGCUAACUUUUUGCCCAGUCUGGCCUUU